GGGCGGGACUUCCGACUGCGCAGGUUGGACAUAAAGUGACAGACUUCACCUCCUUAAAAUUGGAAGAAAAACCGAAGGACGACGCGUAACAAGUUUUAAAACAAUUGUAAUGAUUUUUAGAUAUGGACGACAUAAACCUUCAUUAUCGCUUUCUGAACUGGAGAAGGCGAAUUCGAGAAAUUCGUGAAGUACGCGCAGUGCGAUACCGGGAGCGGCUCAAAAGGAUGCUAAGAGAAGGAGACAUACUCAGGUAUCAUGGGAAUUCAGAUGAAGUGGGCUGUUUUGUUGCAGCCAGGCCAUUGUUGAGAAGAAAUCGCUACUUUGAAGUGACCAUCAUCGAUACAGGAGUGAGGGGAAUGAUUGCUGUUGGUUUGGUACCUCAGCUCUACAAGCUGGACCAUCAGCCCGGCUGGCUCCCGCACUCUGUGGCUUUUCAUGCCGAUGAUGGCAAGCUGUAUAAUGGCAACACUGUAGGUCAGCAGCUUGGUCCAAAAUGCUGCAGAGGUGACAGAAUCGGCUGUGGAGUUUCUCUGGACUCUGAUGAUGGACAGCUAACUGUGUUUUUUACCAAGAAUGGCAAAGAAGUUGGCAGUGUGGACAUCCUAGCAUCUCCUGAUGCUCUCUUCCCCGCAGUGGGAAUGCACUCUUUGGGAGAAGAAGUGCUGCUGGACCUGAACGCUGAAUGGGGUAUGGAGGAGGAUGAUGGACAGAUGAUUGUGGAUAGUCAUGAGGAGGACUGGGGCCGUCUCCAUGACAUCAAGGUGACCGGCACGCUGCUGGAGUACGUGGGUAAAGGGAAGAGCAUCGUGGACGUGGGCUUGGCUCAGGCCCGCCGGCCUCUUAACACACGCUUCCACUACUAUGAACUGGAGAUCACAGAUGCUGGAGAGAAGUGUUACAUUGCCCUGGGGCUGGCACGCAGGGACUACCCCAAAAACAGACAUCCAGGUUGGAGCAGAGGGUCUAUAGCCUAUCAUGCAGAUGAUGGAAAGUUGUUCCAGGGCAGCGGGGUCGGGGACGCAUUUGGACCGCGCUGCUUUGAAGGGGACGUCAUGGGCUGCGGGAUUAUGUUUCCGCGUGACUACAGCCUUGAUGGUGGAGAUGACGUAGACGACUGGGACCUCGAUGUGAUUCCCAAACCCAGUGAGGUUCAGAAUGACUUGUAUGCAAACAAUGAAGAUGAGGAGGAUGAGGGAGAAGAUUUGGAAGGGAGAAAGGUCACGGUGUUCUUCACCAGAAAUGGAAAGGUUGUGGGCCGGAGGGAAGUGGCCUUACCUGUAGGAGGCUUGUACCCCACAAUUGGCAUGAUGAGCACUGGGGAGAAGGUCAGAGUGGACCUGCACCCCCUUAGUGGCUGAGCAGAGUGAAAACAUCAGAGAACGGAGGAAUGAUUGAGCUCUGCUACAUCUUUGGAGAUCAGAUAAUAAAUAAUACCUCCACAUCAA